ACCCUCAUCAAAAUCCGCCAUCAACCGAAACAAAACUUCUCAAAUCCAGGGAAAACAAAAAAAAGGAGCAUGGAAAUCAGUACACCGUUAACCACCAUAUCUCCAAGACAUUCCUUCUCUCAUGGCCUCUUCCCACCCUCCAAUCUCAACCCAAUCCCUCCUCCUAACACUCUCAAUAGAAGAAAACCAAUCGCCCUCAAAUCCGUCCAAAAUUACAGAAAAACCCUCUCCUCUGAUUGGGCCCUCACCACCUCUUCUUCUGGCCCUUGGAUGCCUAGGUUGGAUGAGCUUGACACUACCAACAUGCUCCUCAGGCAGAGGAUCGUCUUCCUGGGUUCUCAGGUGGAUACCAUGACCGCAGAUCUGAUUAUCAGCCAGCUCUUAUUUCUGGAUGCUGAAGACCAGAAGAAAGAGAUCAAAUUGUUUAUAAAUUCUCCGGGUGGCUCCGUAACUGCCGGAAUGGGAAUAUAUGAUGCUAUGAAGUUAUGCAAGGCAGAUGUGUCUACAGUUUGCUUGGGUCUUGCGGCAUCUAUGGGCGCAUUUCUGCUUGCUUCUGGAACAAAGGGAAAGAGAUUUUGCAUGCCAAAUGCCAGAGUAAUGAUCCAUCAACCGCUGGGAACUGCUGGAGGGAAAGCAACAGAAAUGGGCUUACAGAUCAGAGAAAUGGCAUACCACAAGGUUAAGAUGAACAAAAUAUUCUCAAGAAUUACAGGGAAGCCUGAGAAGCAGAUCGAAGAGGACACUGAUCGUGACUAUUUCAUGAACCCCUGGGAGGCGAAGGAAUAUGGUCUGGUAGAUGCAAUCAUCGAUGAUGGGAAACCGGGUCUGGUUGCCCCAAUUGCAGAAUCAACACCUCCGCCAAAAACUCGUGUGUGGGAUUUGUGGAAAGUCGAAGGGAGCCGGAAAGGUAAGAAGAAUUUGCCAUCAGAGCAGAAGAUUUCGCGGAAUGGCUUUGGAGGAAGCCAAGAAGGCGAUGGGGAGAAAGGAUCAGAACAAGAAAAGGAAGCGGCCACGCCAGUGUGAGGUGCGUAAUUGGGCCAUGCUCCUCCAUCUUGUAUCACUAUGAUCAGAAGAAUCUGCAAAGCUGCAGAGGUUUCAGAGGUUGGGAGUGUUUGGAUUUGGCCAUCUACGAAAGGGUAAAAGUCGCUAAUGAGUGACGGACGGGAGAAAGAUCCUUGUCUAUAACAAUGGCUGAAAUUCCGGUACAAACUUAUACAAGGAUCACUGUCUGAUCUUAGUGUCCAAAAAUACAUUUCAAAAGAAUUUUAAGCUAUGAAGCUUGAUAUGUCCACAUAUGCAUUAUGAUAAUGUCAUGCCAUUGCAUCCUCA